GUGUCUCUAAACUCUGUCAAACGUCAAACUACGGUGAACAUGGUGGUCAAUGUUGUUUUUUAGCGGUGGAUAACUUGGUAUCCCAUUUUUUAAGGAAAAUUUUAGCUGUAGCUGGUUCAUUGAUAGUCAACCAAAAGUAAAAGUUUUGCCUAGUUUUGCUGAUUUGGAGCAUUGCUCGUACCAAAACUAUAAUGAUGGAAAAACAUCAACAAACCAUGUCUCGAAAGCCUAGUGCUAUCUGCUCCGUGUAUAUGCAAAGAAGAGAGUGAAAAUGCGUUAGGACGGUGGUUCGUGCAGUUGCUAUCAGUCCAAAAAUUGUAACUGGGUUUGUAUGCAUAUGUGUAUACUGUUCUACAAUCGCUACCAUCAAUGAUCUGCAGUUUACGCACAUACACCGCAUUUGAAAUUUGAAAAUGAGAGCACUAUGAUGGCUAAACUUAGAUAAUCGCGGAAGACGGUGCGUCACGAAUGGGUGCCACAAAUGCGUGUUUCACAGCAUCCUCAUUUGUCAUUCUCUGCGUGUUUCAAAAGAAGUGACCAAGCAAACCAAUAUUGGUUAAACAGGAACGAUUGUUUCUCGUAUUCCUUUCAGCAUGGCGACAUACAACAAUGCCCACUGGUUGCUGUCGCACAUUCGGAACUCUUUCAUCUCCACCGAUGAUACAAGUGUCAGCGAGACAGUGAUGGCAAUGGAAGACAUUCCGCUGCAUUUCGCAAAACGGUUUCUAGAAACGCAGGCGCAAGAUGCUGUACGGAUUCCCAAGCCGGAAGCAACAGUGAUAGAAGGAAAUAGCGAUGCGUCCUACACCGGCCGAAUGCAAGAUGUACGAUUCGGUGUGGAUUUUGAAUACUUCUUUUCGUAUCCUGGCCUGGAUGACCCGGAUGAGGAAGAUGCAGACGCGUUGUCGCAAUCCUACGAAAUACAAAUGAACCAGGAAAGCGGUUUCCAUCGGCAGCGAUCAAAUACGGAUCAGAAACUUGAAAAGCUCGAACUUGCUCGGCGUAAAUCAUCACUUAUUAGAUGCGUAAAGCUGGACGAUAGCUCGGUUCAGCAACAGGAAGAAGACGAUGACAUCGAUCAAUUGUUCUAUCGUCGGUCCACAUCAAUGCUGGAACACUUGUCAACAUCAUUAAAACGGUUAAGUUCAAAGCUAACUGAGCAAUUGAGCACACUACCCAAUAUACCACAAAACCACUUUCUCGAGUACGCCAAAUUCGACGGCACGGGUCACAUCGAGGUGCCAGUUCGCACGUUUAAAGUGUUUAUUCCCGCCCUCUCGGAGGAGCAACGUGCCUUUCCGUUGCCUGUAUGUGUACUGGCUACUGCCAAGAUUCAAGAUUUUAUAGGAUUAUUAUGCUACAAAUGUACUAUAGCGAAUCCAGCAGUGGAACUGCGUUCGGUGCGCCAUUAUGGUCUCUAUAUGGCGGAGGAAGACGGUGAAUUGGAUCUAGAUUUUCCUCCACUGGAUAUCAACGAACCAUGUUCGAAGUUUCGAUUCUCACACCUCGUAAUGGCAGAGCGACAGCUCUCGUCAAGCGUAAGCCAUCAACCACUUCCAACUACCUCCAGUGGCAAUUCACUCCGUUUCGAGGCAUUCAGUACGGAACGAAGUAGGAGCCUUACAACACCAACAUCCGCCACAAUCCCAACUACUACGAUAACCCCAAUGAAGGCAGUUAAACACUCGCAGGCUAUUGAAUCGUCAGUGCAACAGCGAUCGCAAGGAAGCAAAAGUAGUUCACCGCGCAUCAGCAACCAGCAAAAAGAAGAUCUUGACCGCAUCAAAGGGCAUACGUCGAAAAUAGAAGCUCCUCUUUACCGAACGUUUCAGGUGCACAUUUUACACAAAUCACGACUCAAGACAGAAGUUCAGCUAGGCAUCUCCGGUGAUAGAUUCGAAAUUGACCCAAUACCACACAACCCCAGCAAAUUCUGGAACCGUCAAAAACCGGCCUGUCACCCAAUGGAUUCCGUAGCCGCCUGUAGCAUAGUCGAACGGAAACAAUCGAGGUCGAUACUCCGUUUAGUUUACUGUGCCGCGAACGUUGUGAUCGGUGAUGCCGACGUUCCGCUGAGUUUUAAACAUUACGAUAUCGAAACAACGCCAGGCGCAGCGGAACAAAUCGUGGAAAAAGUAAACAAUAUUCUCGAGGUGCGGUUAAGCCCGAUCCGGCGCGAAUACAUGCGCCGACGGGGAAAGUUAAAACCACCUUCUAGUGCGUAAACGCUGUAAAAAAACAUUAGCUGAUAGAAGAAUCAUAUAUUAUCAUUACUGCCAUUUUAUGUGUGUUUAUUCGCAACACGAUUCAUCUUGCAUUUUGCGUUUAGAAACAAAGAACAACAGAUAAAGCUAUUUAUUGAAUCCAUUUCCAUUAGAAACGUUAUCUACGUUCGUUAGGGGUUUGAUGAAUGUGAGUAAUGAAGUCAUCUCAAAUGUCCCAAAUUUUAAACCUACGAUAAACUUCUGUUUGCUUUACAAGAUGCAAAAUUUAUCCCACGGUUAUGUAAGCUUUAAUAUUUAUAUUUUUACAAAUCUUUUCCGUUAAAGUUUUGUAUCGUAAAAAGCAAGUUGGAAUGUUACACUGUCGAAAUAUGAUACUGAUAAGUUUGUGUUUAAUUUCGAACCAAGCAUGGUUCAAUAUUAUGUGCUUUGUCCUUUUUCACGAUUGAAAAAUGCUUGUAACCACACAAAUGCACAACCUGCAAAACUCAAUAGACUAUACUGAUACCGAUGAUAGCCAAUUCAAAGAAAACGUGUUAGCAGAACUUGAAACUGAAAGCAAAACAUUCACAAAAAGCAUUAACAUUCAGUUCGAUGUGCAAGAUGAAACCAUACCAUCCCAGUGGCAUUGGUAAUGAUAGUGCAAUUUAGAUUUCCUUUCCUGUUUUCAGACAGAUUUUUUUUAUCGAUAUACAAUUACUCAGAGAUACAAUCAGUAGUCAGCGCUACUAAAAUAAAAAAAAAAUCAUAACAUCUCAAUUGUAAACAAGAUUGCUCUUAGGCGGUACAUAUGUUGCAAAUCAAAAUCAGGUUAAUGUGUUCAGCUAGUCGCGUGUGUUGUCUUUAACCACGCGCAUCUAUAACCGAACCAAUAUAGAGCCCUUCGUACGGGCAAAAGGGAGCGGAAAAGGGUCAUUAGGCAGUUAAGCAAGGAGUACGGCGGGAACAAUAGGCGUGCCGCUUCGUUUAUGCAUAGUCUUUUAGGAUAAUA